AUGAGCAUGUACGGCAGGGACCCUUGGGGUGGCCCGCUGGAGAUAAACACGGCGGACUCGGCCACGGACGAUGACCGGAGCCGGAACCUGCAGGAUCUGGACAGGGCGGCGCUGUCGUCGCGGCCGUUGGAUGAAACGCAGCAGAGCUGGCUGCUGGGGCCCUCCGGGGAGCAGAAGAAGAAGAAGUAUGUGGAUCUGGGAUGCAUCAUUGUCAGCCGUAAGAUCUUUGUGUGGACAGUCGGGACGCUCCUGGUCUCCGCCUUUCUGGCGGGCUUCAUCACCCUCAUCGUCAAGACAGUGCCGCGUCACCACCGCGGCCGCCCUCCCCCCGACAACUACACACUGGCGCUCCACAAGUCUCUAAUGUUCUUCAACGCCCAGCGAUCGGGAAAACUCCCAAAACAUAACAAUGUCUCGUGGAGGGGUAACUCAUGUCUUAAGGAUGGCAAUGAUGCAUCCACCACUUUUAAAGAUCUUGCGGGUGGUUUUUAUGACGCCGGAGAUGCCAUCAAGUUCAACUUCCCUAAAUCCUUUGCCAUGACCAUGCUUAGCUGGAGUGUAAUCGAGUACAGUGCUAAAUAUGAAGCUGCUGGGGAACUCAACCAUGUGAAGGAAAUCAUUAAAUGGGGUUCUGAUUACUUUCUCAAGACGUUCAACCAUUCUGCUGAUUCCAUUGACAAGCUUGUUGCUCAGGUUGGGAUUGGAUCUACUGCUGGAGGAAGUACUACUCCUAAUGAUCAUUAUUGCUGGAUGCGCCCUGAGGACAUUGAUUACCCCCGUCCUGUGACUGAAUGCCACAGUUGCUCUGAUCUAGCCGCCGAAAUGGCUGCUGCUCUCGCUGCUGCAUCCAUAGUUUUUAAAGACAACAAGGCCUACUCACAGAAACUUGUCCAUGGUGCGAAAACACUGUUCAGGUUUUCUAGGGAUCAGCGAGGCAGAUAUAGUGCUGGUGGUAGUUCAGAUGCUGCACUCUUCUAUAAUUCCACCAGUUAUUGGGAUGAAUUCGUAUGGGGUGGAGCUUGGAUGUAUUAUGCUACUGGAAAUUCUUCUUAUCUUCAGCUUGCAACAACUCCGGGUCUUGCCAAACAUGCUGGUGCCUUUUGGGGCGGCCCUGAUUAUGGAGUUUUUAGCUGGGACAACAAGCUUGCUGGAGCUCAGGUGCUUCUGAGCCGUUUGAGGUUAUUCUUGAGUCCUGGGUAUCCGUAUGAAGAAAUUUUGAGGACAUUUCACAACCAGACUAGCAUAGUAAUGUGCUCGUACCUGCCAAUUUUCACGACCUUUAACAGAACCAAAGGAGGCUUGAUCCAGUUGAAUCAUGGAAGGCCACAGCCUCUUCAGUAUGUAGUCAAUGCAGCCUUCUUAGCUACAUUGUAUAGCGAUUAUCUUGAAGCUGCUGAUACACCUGGGUGGUAUUGUGGACCCAACUUCUACUCUACUGAUGUCUUGCGUGAAUUUGCUAAAACUCAGAUUGAUUACAUCCUUGGCAAAAAUCCCCAAAAAAUGAGUUAUGUUGUGGGCUUUGGUAAUCGUUACCCCAAACAUGUACACCACAGAGGAGCAUCCAUUCCUAAGAACAAGAUAAAAUACAAUUGUAAAGGGGGAUGGAAAUGGAGGGACACUUCAAAGGCAAACCCAAAUACGCUUGAUGGUGCCAUGGUUGCCGGGCCCGACAAACAUGAUGGUUUCCGUGAUGUUCGUUCUAAUUACAACUACACAGAGCCGACCCUUGCUGGAAAUGCAGGUUUAGUAGCAGCGCUUGUUGCUUUGUCGGGAGAAAAAAAUAUUGGGAUUGACAAGAAUACCAUUUUCUCUGCGGUUCCUCCAAUGUUUCCAACUCCACCACCACCUCCGGCACCUUGGAAACCAUGA